CCAACCAAAAACACUUAUCACUAUCUUUCUCUUCCUACCAUUCUUUACAGUGUUUCUCGCUCUAAUCCUACCCUUCUCUCUUUCUCUCUCCUCCUCAACCUUCAAACCCUUCCAACGCACGCUUUCAAAGCUUUCCGUAAAGUUUUUCAACCCCGAACCCUGUCUAUAUAAACACCAACAAACGCAGUUUCACGCACUUCACGUUGAGUAAAUUUUUUUCCCAUCCAACAUCGAAACCAUGUCCACCGACUUCCACCUCCACCACGACUUGCCCAAGCUCCGAAUCGCCGCCGUCAAAAUCGACGACGUCCCCUCCGACCACCACCUCGAUGCCCUCGUCUCCUCCUCCGUCGUCACGCGAGCCGACAACCAAACCCAACAAGAGGAAACCGUCGCCGUCGCCGUCACCGUCACCGUCCCCGCCGACGCACCCACCGUCGCCGAAGAGGACGAGAGCUACCGCACCCCGACGUCUAAGGAGAGCAAAAUUCCCGCGAUCAUGAGCUGCCCGCCGGCCCCGCGGAAGCCGAAGGCCUUCGCCUCGUGCAAAAGAAAGCUUUUUGACGACUUUCAGUUCUUCGAUGUGACGAAUAAGGAGGACAUGGACGCGUUUUUCAGAUCCACUUUUCCCAAGAGGAGCUGCACCUGUACAUGAACACUUCAACCUAAGCUCCCUCGAACACCCACACCUCGGACCCUGCUAAACUCCGUAAAUUACACAAUUUUUUUUAUCCAAUUCCACUUUGGUCAAUUUCUUCCUUCUUUUUCUUUCUUUAAUUUUGGUUUUUUUAUAUGUUAUAUAUAUUUCACUUUGUAUAAGAUGUGAAAUAUUGGAUCCCCAAUCGUAUAUGUUCAUUAAUCCAAUCAACAUAGCGUUGAAUUCUCUGGAA